AUGUUGCGCUCCUGGUUCUCUCUAGGUCGCGCCAACGAGUACAUCUUUCCGACAGUGGACCCCGAGGCGGACGGACCGGACUGCUUGAAAGACUGCGCCGACUGUACAGUGCAAUAUCCGUCAAAAGUCAAGGUCGAGACUUCAAGGCCGCUAUAUGGCCAGAUCAAGUCCUUCCAUUCACACGUUCUUGUGGCGACCGGGCAAUCGGACUGGAAAGAGAAAGUUGAGCAGGAAAAAGGCAGCUUGAUGGAGGCAUUUGAUCAGACAAAAUCAGAGCACGGUCGCAUAAUGGUCUCAGCAUCAAAUCUCAAUGCCCCAGACCACGACACAGCAGAGGGACCCGACAAAGCCACCUCUGUUCUAAUUCUACCAUCAUUCACAUUCGUCGACGGUAUCACCCAAGCCGAUGUACCAGAAGUGAUGAGUCGAUUCAUCGAUCAUCCCAUCACUCAGGAUCGGGUCGAUGAAAAGGACACCGAUGCUAGUACAGUGUCCCCUGUAGCUGGAAUCAGCUCUCGACAUUGCAAUCUGGAUUACGUGGUACUUCUAUGCUCACACCGGCGACGAGACGCACGAUGCGGAAUUACAGCACCCUUAAUCAAGCGCGAGUUGGAGCGACAUCUUCGUCCACUGGGCCUAGACCGCGACGCCGAUGAUUCGCGACCUGGAGGCGUUGGGAUAUUCUUUGUGUCGCAUGUCGGUGGACACAAGUUCUCGGCAAAUGUCCUUAUCUACCGGAAGAAAGAUCAGCAGAUGAUUUGGCUGGCAAGGGUGCGGCCGGAGCAUUGUGAGGGGAUUGUCAAGUACACUCUACUCCAGGGGAAGAUUGUACACCCCGACUCACAGCUUCGAGGGGGUUUCGAUCGAGCCCGUGGAUUGACGAGUUGGUGA